CCUUUAAUUAAUUUGUGAUCCACCGUCCUUGAAUUCCCAAUUUAAUACGACGUCCCAUGUUUGUUUUCUUCUCCAUUAAGAACCAUAAAUACUUUUGGAUUUUAAUCUUGCAGAUCUAUCAUCAGCCUUUGUAGCGAGAGAAAAUGCCAAGUCGUUGUGAGAUCUGCUGCGAAAUCCUCAUCGCCAUCUUGCUCCCUCCUCUCGGUGUUUGCUUCAGGCAUGGCUGCUGCAGUGUGGAAUUUUGCAUUUGCUUGUUACUGACUAUUUUAGGCUACGUUCCUGGAAUAAUUUAUGCUCUCUAUGCUAUUGUGUUUAUCGAUCGCAAUGAGUAUUUUGAUGAGUACAGGCGUCCACUUUAUGCCCCGGCGUAGCAGUGAACGGUAACUAGUCCCUUUCGUUUUGUAGAACGCCAUUUCCUGAAUGGAAUUUGUACGUUGUGUUUAAACUACUUUUCUUUUAAUGGAAAUGCUCUUAAUUUUCCAAA